UUUCUCACGUCAUUUUUUCUGUCAUUCCAUUCAUCCACAGUUGCACACGCAAGUUUAGCCGGUAUCGAAGUCGAACUUUCCGAUUUGGCAACUGAUGCUGAAAGAACUUGCAGUUACAUUGUGUGCAGUUUAGUUUUUUUAUAGCAAUUUUUUAAAACCUCAGCUUUAUUUUACUAAAAAAUGGCCGGUAAUAGCAGAAAAUUAUUCAAAUACGUAACAGAUCUUAGCGUGCUGAAGUCAAGAAAUUAUGGCACUGCUAAGAGAGUUGUGGCCAAGAACCCAGUUGUUGAAAUGGAUGGGGAUGAGAUGACCCGCAUCAUUUGGUCUAUGAUUAAAGAGAAACUUAUAUUUCCAUAUGUUAAGUUGGACUGCCUUUACUAUGAUCUUGGUUUGCCCCACCGUGAUGCCACUGAUGACCAGGUCACUAUUGAUGCUGCCCAUGCUAUCCUCAAGCACAAUGUGGGUAUCAAAUGCGCCACCAUCACUCCUGAUGAACAGAGAGUCGAAGAGUUCAAAUUGAAAAAGAUGUGGCUGAGUCCUAAUGGAACGAUCCGUAACAUUUUGGGAGGUACUGUGUUCCGUGAGCCCAUUAUUUGUAAGAGCAUCCCUCGAGUUGUGCCUGGCUGGACCCAGGCCAUGGUGAUCGGACGUCACGCUCACGGAGACCAGUACAAAGCACAGGACUUGGUCAUACCAAAACCCGGAAAGGUGGAAUUGGUCUACACAGCAGAAGAUGGAACAGUGGAAAGGCGUUCCUUGUAUGACUUCAAAGGUCCAGGUGUAGCCAUGGCUAUGUACAACACCGAUGAAUCGAUCCGCGCCUUCGCCCAUUCUAGCUUCCAGGUGGCGUUACAGAAGAAAUGGCCUUUGUAUUUGUCAACUAAGAAUACAAUUAUGAAGAAGUAUGAUGGCCGCUUCAAGGACAUUUUCGAAGAAAUUUAUCAAAGCGAUUACAAAAAGCAGUUCGAAGAUGCUAAAAUAUGGUACGAGCACCGUUUGAUCGACGACAUGGUGGCCCAGGCCAUCAAGGGCGCCGGCGGGUUCGUGUGGGCCUGCAAAAACUAUGACGGCGAUGUGCAAUCCGACGUUGUAGCUCAGGGUUACGGAUCCCUGGGUAUGAUGACGUCAGUUCUGAUGUGCCCGGACGGGCGCACCGUGGAGUCGGAGGCGGCGCACGGCACCGUGACGAGGCACUACCGUAUGCACCAGCAAGGCAAACCCACCUCCACCAACCCCGUGGCCUCUAUCUACGCCUGGACCAGAGGCUUGAUCCACCGCGCCAAACUCGACGACACACCCGAACUAGAACGAUUCGCACUCGCUCUUGAAGACGCAUGCGUCGAGUGCAUUGAUAGCGGUAAAAUGACCAAGGACUUGGUCAUCUGUAUCCACGGGUUGAAGAAUACCAAGGAGGGCAUGUACUUACACACCGAGGACUUCCUACUCGCCAUCGCUGACCAACUUGAGCGUAAACUAACCAAUUAAUUAACCAAGUUGUAUAGAAUAUUUGAGUCAGCCCUAAUAAAGACUUUUGAACAUUUUUGUUGAUCAACGUCUUUAUGGCUGACUCUUUCGUAGCAUAAGUAAAUCAACACAAUACACGAAAUUAAUUUAUAGAACUUUUUAAUUAAUCAACCAUUUACUUUUCAGAUAAUUUCAAGUGUUUCGAAACUACAAAUAAACGGGGCAAUGACUAUUAAUUCCCUGUCUUCCUAUAUAUGUGUGUACUGUACUUUAAUAGUCAAUUCCAUAUUUUAGCUAUAGUGAAAUGAAAUUAUGCUGGUAUGUUUGAACUCAAGUGAAUGGUGCUUAUUAAAAUGAUUAAAUCAUGUUAUUUUAUCAUAUCGUGUUGGUUGUUGCAUAGCCAUUUAUAAAACUAGUAUGGCAUUUAUAUUCUAGAUAUCUGGUUAGAAUAUGAUGGAAGUUAUUUUAAGGAUUGUUCUCCAAUCACUUAUUGCAUUUUCUGAUGCUGAUUAAUAACUUGAUGAGAUAUUGUGUCAAUAUCUCAAUCCAUAUUUAGUUUUAUCAAUUAUUCAACAAGCUCACAAUACGAUAAAAGCUUUUUGGGUCAAAAGUGCCUGUUUUACAUUGGUGUGAUUAAUAUUUGAGACUGAUUGAAGCCAUAUUAAAUUGCGUACUGGGUAUUGAAAUCUUACAAAUACUCAGAUAGUGGAAAGAAGUGGAUUGACUCAAAUGGUGAUGUUGAAUAGGAACACAAUUUCUAUAUAGUGUAUCAUUAAAUACACUUUUCGACUUCGUUCUUCCAGCACUGAUUGAGUUGAUACAGCUAACAUGAUGUUUAUAGAUAGUACUGAAAUUAUUUCGAAUGAAUUUAUCAAUGUUCUAAU